UUGGGAGGAGCUCCUCCCAAGCUUGACAGGGAUCCUAUCUUUCGGGCCGGGGCAUUGCCGUGAGCGUCGGCCUUCGUACUCCUCCUCAACUUCACUUACCAUCGACAAGCAUUAGCGGAGUCCCUGGAGUACAAUCGGCUUCCCAGAAGUACUUGCUGUGCGCCUUAUCAUCAGAUGAGGAGGAGUUGCAAGGCAGACGGCAUUGGGAAUGGCUAGAGUGUAGACGCAAGCCACGUCCUAUCCGAGGGUCCGUAUCGCGCAGUAGGUAAUGUAUUGAUAAGUGAUAGUCAUAUAAGGUUCACCAAGAGUGUGUUGUGUAGUAUGCGAGUGAGGUAUCUCUGCCUCUUUCCGAUACACUUCUCUUCGCUCCACGAACAGUCAUGGCCAGCGCCAUCUCUUCCCAGCCGGACAAGGGGCCCAGUAUUGCUGCAACUCCUGGAGAGGUCGACGCAGACAAGAAACCUCAGCUUGAUGAAGGCGAAGACAACGUCAGCACUGUCGGCGUUGGAAUGUGGAAAGAUCUCAGCCACUUGCCCAAUCCUCGCGAACCCGCAGCAGUCCACAAUCUCAGCCAUGAGGAGAAUGCCCGCCUCAACCGGAAACUGGUUCGCAAGAUGGAUCUCAUCAUCUUACCAACAAUCGGAAUUCUGUACAUCCUCAACUAUAUCGAUCGUCAGAACCUCUCUGCUGCCAAACUGCAAGGCAUCAUGGACGACUUACAGAUAAACGAGCAACAAUUCGCUACAGCAAUCUCCAUCUUAUUCGCAGGUUACCUGCCUUUCCAGAUUCCCAGCAACCUAAUCAUCACCAAGAUUUCGAGACCAGGAUUGUACAUCUGCUCCGCUGCAGUGAUUUGGGGCGCGAUCUCGGCGGCGACAUCUGCUGUACAGACAUAUGGCCAGCUCCUGGCAGUACGAUGCGUGCUUGGAAUUGUAGAAGCGGUUUUUUUCCCUGGAGCGAUCUACUACUUGUCUGCGUGGUACACGAAGAAAGAGCUUGGAAAGCGUCUUGCUGGACUUUAUAUUGCGCAGCAGGUGGGCAACGCAUUUGGCGGACUCUUCGCUGCUGCUAUACUCCAGCUUGAUGGAACGCAUGGGAUUGCGGGCUGGCGAUGGCUGUUCAUUAUCGAAGGUUCUGCGACUGUAGGAAUCGGUCUGAUCUUUGCCUUCAUUAUGCCUGAGUUCCCUCACAAUUGUCGCAUGCUGUCCACAACCGAGCGAGAAUUGGCGGUCUGGCGUAUCGAAUCCGAAGCAGGAGCGGCAGAAGGCACGGAAAAUGAGAGUGUCCUCAAAGGCUUCGCUGCCGCGUUAUCGGAUCCGAAACUCAUCCUACUCAUCCUCUGCAACAUGUUCUCCCAAGGUCAAGGCUCCAUCGCAAACUACUUUCCGUCUCUAGUAGCUUCGCUCGGCUACUCGCGAACGAUCAGCCUGCUUUUGACGGCACCGCCAUACAUCCUUGCCGGGUUUGUGUACUACGGCAUCUCCUUCUUCUCGGACAGGAAGAAUACGGUAUAUCCCAUCAUCCUGGUGUGUAUCGCCAUCGCCACUGUGAUGUACAUCAUUCCAAUGUCGACUCAAAACGUCGGAGCUCGAUACUUUGCGAUGAUGAUCCUGCCAUUCGCAUCAGUUGGACCACAGAUUCUGCUUUUCAAGACCAUCAACCUGCAUCUAGCACGGCCAGUCUCGAAACGUGCCGCCGCUUCCGCUCUGGUCAAUGCCAUUGGUGGGACCUCCAACAUUUGGUCAUCCUACCUGUACUACGCACCUCCACACUUCUAUGCGGCAUUUGGAGCGCUCAUGGGCUGCGCUUUACUUUUUGCAGCCACGAUCAGUGUUUACCGCUGGCUUGUGCUUCGUGAGAACAAGCGUCUUGAUUCUGACAAACCUGAACUCAUUGCGAAAGUCAUGAAGGGAGGAGUGACGCAAGAGAUGGUGGAGUUGAGAUGGAGGUAUGAGAUGUUCUAGGCUCAGUAAGCGUGAUACGAAUUCGAAUGCAGAUUUCCAUGAGAGAAUGAGCUUUGCUGGAUUGAAAGUUCAUCUCAAGCUUCCCGAAAAAGCUCCAGUACCAUCCGUCUUAUUCGUGUUGGGGAUGCUGGCUUGACUUGUCAAUUGCGGCUAAUGGUGCCGCUCGUCCUGCCAGGUCUUAACCCAGACGACAGCUUGCAUCUUCCCGGGCAGAGCUUCUUCACGCCUGCUGUCUUGUCUGCAAUCAACUGGUUAGGGGGGCCAAGACAGGUGCCUCUGUAGUUCCGAACGCCAAGAUCAUAAAUGUCGGCAUGACUGUGGUAGAGAGAAGACGAAAGGAGACGGAAGAUAGAAGUUCGCCGAUGGAGACGAGCGAAACGACAUCGCCGAUAAAAUCGCCGCAAAAACGUUUGUCCGAUCCCGACCCUGCGUCAUCCUCCAGCAAGGUUGAGAAGGAGAGUGGUGAUGUUCCACGACAAUCUCCAAACACCUCAACAUCAGCACACACAAGGACAAGCGCUCUAUCGGGCUGACCAUCGGCAGGCAACGGCAGCAGUCUUUGUCCAAUAUGGCUGACGAAAACACCCCGGAGACAUGUUGGACGCCAGGCAUCGUGCAUAUCGCCCAGAUGCCUCUCGGCCCAUCUUCACUCAUCUUUUGGUGACUGAACGCACUUGAUUACAAUAUCACAGCUCUGCAAUACCGUAUACCCAAAGCUGUAGCGGUCGAUCGUGGACGCCAGCUACCAGGUGCCGUCGAAACAAGCGCCGUCGGACAUACGAAGCGGCCGCUCGGAUUACGAAGCACAUCCGCAGCCCUCACCCACAUUGUUCCGCUGACUACACAACCAAGCCUCACAAAAGGAGCGCCAAGAUCACAUGCUGACGACCAAGCCUACCACAUACCGGCACUAGCACGUUUAUGCACAGCGCAUCACUUUACAUAGCCCACUAAUGCACUGCAUAGACCU